AUGCGAUCUGAAACAUCACCAUUAUUAUCACCAACUACAUCACAUACAGAAGAUGAAAUAGUAUCAUAUGUAAAAUCAAGAAGAGAAUCAAUAGCAUCGAUAGAUAAUAAAAUCCCCAAUGAAAUUUUACAACAAGGUCAAAGACAUCCACCAAAAACUUUAAAUCCGAUAUCAUCAAAUAAUUCAAACUCUUAUCAUUUUUCAAUACAUGAUAUAUUAUCUGAUCAUGAUAUGGAAAAUGGUAGUAAUGAACCAAAAACAACUAUAUUAAAAGAAUCUAAAAUUCUCGUGGUAAAUUCAAUUCCAUUAAUGAUUACAUAUUUUUUACAAUAUUCUUUAAAUGUUAUAUCAGUAAUAAGUGUUGGAAAAUUAGGUUCAAAAGAAUUAGCAGCAAUAAGUUUAUCAACAAUGACUUCAAAUAUAAGUGGUAUAGCAAUAAUACAAGGUAUAAGUACUUGUUUAGAUACUUUAUGUGCUCAAGCUUAUGGUAGAAAAGAUUUCAAUAAUGUUGGAAUUCAUUUUAUAAGAUGUAAUUAUUUUAUAAUGUUAUUAUUUAUACCAAUUUGGAUAUUCUGGAAUUUUGGAGUUGAAAAAAUAUUAAUAUUUUUUAUUGGUGAAAAUGAAAUUGAUAUUUGUAAAUUAGCUUCAAAUUAUUUAAAAGUCUUAAGUUAUGGAUUACCCGGUUUUAUAUUAUUUGAAAAUGGUAAACAUUUUUUACAAUCUCAAGGUAUAUUUCAUAUUUCAACUUAUAUUUUAUUUAUUGCUUUUCCUUUUAAUAUCUUGUUGAAUUAUAUUUUAGUUUGGAGUAAAAUUAAUAUUGGAUUUUUGGGGGCUUCAUUAGCUAUAGUUUUAACAAAUUGGUUUAUGGCUAUAUUACUUUAUGGUUAUAUAUUGUUUUAUAAUAAUCAAUGUUGGCCAAAACAGAAUUUAUUAAACAAGAUAUAUUUUAUAAAUUGGAAAAAAAUGAUUGAUUUAUCGAUACCUGGUGUAUUAAUGGUUGAAGCAGAAUGGUUAGCUUUUGAAAUUAUUACAUUUGAAGCUGCAAAAUUUGGUGAAAUUGUUUUAGCUUCUCAAUCUAUUAUAAGUUCAUUAUUAGUUUGGUUUUAUCAAGCAAGUGCUGCAUUAGGAAUGGUUGCAUCAAGUAGAGUUGCAUUAUUUAUUGGUUCAGCUUAUAAAAAUUCAGCUAAAAAAUCAAGUAUUUCAGCAAUUUAUACUUCAUUAAUAUUUGGAAUUUUUAAUUUUAUAUUAAUUUUUAGAUUUAGACGAAGCUUAUGUUCAAUUUUUUCAAAUGAUUCCGAUGUUAUUGAAGUAAGUAGUAAAGUUUUAAUAAUUGGUGCAAUUUAUCAAGUUAAUGAUUUUUUAUGUUGUACAACAAGUGGUCUUUUAAGAGCUCAAGGUAGACAAAAAAUAGGGGCUUAUUUAUAUUUAAUUGGUUAUUAUCUAAUUGCUUUACCAAUAGCUUAUUAUUUAGCAUUUAUUCAAAAUUUACAAUUGAUUGGACUUUGGUGUGGAAUGAUUAUAGCUUUAGCAUUUGUUAGUAUUUCACAAUUAAUUGUUAUUAUAAAAAGUAAUUGGGAUGAUAUAAUUGAUGAAUGCGUGAAUGAAGCAAUAGCAGAAGAAGAUCAAUUAGCAAAUUGA